UGAAUGGAACUGAGAAUCUAGAAAUAAAGGCUAUGAUCUUCUGAGUUUUGACGAGGAUGACAUGAUCAUUUAAUGAGGGAAGAGUUUUCCAAUAACCAGGGCUAGGACAAGAAUGAAGCUGGACCCUUACCUUAUACCACAUACAAAAAUUAACUGGAAAUGGAUCAGGGACCUAAAUAUAAUAGGUAAAACUAUAAAACUCUUAGAAGAGUGGCUGGCAUUGUCGGGUGUCGGUGUCUUGGCAUCUGGGUAACUCGACAUGAUUGCAUCCAGUGUCCUUGCAUUCGCUAACAGGUCAAAAUGCAGAUCUUCGUGAAGACCCUGACCGGCAAGACCAUCAACCUAGAGGUAGAGCCUAGUGACACCAUCAAAAAUGUGAAGGCCAAGAUCCAAGAUAAAGAGGGUAUCCCCCCUGACCAGCAGAGGCUCAUUUUUGCAGGCAAGCAGCUGGAAGAUGGCCACACUCUUUCUGAUUAUAACAUCCAGAAAGAGUCGACCCUGCACCUGGUUCUGCGCCUGAGGGGUGGCAUGCAGAUCUUCAUGAAGACCCUAACUGGGAAGACCAUCACCCUGGAGGUGGAGCCCAGUGAUACCAUUGAAAACGUGAAGGUGAAGAUCCAAGAUAAAGAGGGCAUCCCCCCUGACCAGCAGAGGCUCAUUUUUGCUGGCAAGCAGCUGGAAGAUGGCCGCACUCUUUCUGAUUACAAUAUCCAGAAAGAGUCAACUCUCCACCUGGUUCUCCGUCUGAGGGGUGGCUGUUAAUUCUUCAGUCUUGAAUUCAUAGUGCCCAAUGAUGGCAUUGCUCUGCACUAUAGCCAUUUGCCCCAAUUUAAGUUUAGAAAUUACCAGUUUCAGUAAUAACUGAA